AUGGCCCUUAUGCCGCACAAUUUGGGCUACGGCUCACGCUGGCUCGAUCGCUAUGAUCCAUUUGAGAGGUUGGAUAGAAUGAUGACGACCACUCCAUAUUGGUUCUCUGUUCCACACGCUCGCCAUCUUGACAUCGGGAAUUCGAUUGGAAAUAUCUCUAACGAUGCCAAUCAUUUCGCUGUUGACAUCGAUUGUGCCCAUUUUCGUCCUGAGGAGAUCAAAGUGAAUGUCGAUGGAAACAAGUUGAGCAUCGAGGGGCAUCACGAAGAGCGAAAUGAUCAACACGGCACGAUUCAACGCACAUUCAAGAGAAGCUAUGUGCUGCCGGAGGAUUGCAUUAUGGACCAUGUGGCAUCGUAUCUCUCCAGCGACGGAAAGCUUACCAUCGAUGCGCCGAAGAAGGGAGCUGUUGGGGGCUCUUCUCGUGCGAUUCCCAUCCAACCGCGUGGACCAUACGCUGUAAAAGACAAC